UGUAGGUAGUGAAGUAAAAUUCGCACGUGUGUGCAGUCCACACUGGAAAUGAACCCAACACGCGCAGAUCAACGAACGAAGUCCUUGCGCCAAAACCCGUCUUCAACGGUCAGUACCCAUCUCUGCAAAACCCUAACCACCACAGAGCUCACAGAACAGAGACCAACAAUGCCGAGCCUCUCCGUCUUCGUCACCUUAAUCUCACUCCUCCCCUUGCUCUGCCACUCAUUCUCUCCCGAAGCCCCAACCAAUCGGCGCCUCCUAGUCCUCCUCGACGACCUUUCUUUCCAAUCCUCUCACUCCAUCUUCUUCCACUCUCUCAUCUCCCGCGGCUUCGAUCUCGACUUCAAGCUGGCCGACGACCCCACCCUCUCGCUCCAGCGCUAUAACCAGUACUUGUACGACGGCCUCGUUCUCUUCUCUCCUACCGCCCACCAAUUUGGAGGAGCUCUGGAUUUUCAGGCUGUGCUUGAUUUCGUUGACUCUGGGCACGACUUGAUCUUGGCAGCUGGUGCCUCUGCAUCUGAUUUGGUUCGCAGUAUUGCAAGGCAAUGCGGGGUCGAUUUCGAUGAGGAUCCAUCAACUGUGGUUAUCGACCACACCAAUUACGCAGUGUUGGGGACCCAAGGGGACCAUACAUUGAUUGCCAGUGAUGACUUUAUUCAAUCUGAUGUGAUUCUGGGAAAGAAUAAGAUCGAGCCCCCUGUACUUUUCAGAGGGAUUGCACAUUCGUUAAGUGCUUCUAAUAGCUUGGUUUUAAAAGUUCUUUCAGCAUCUCCUUCAGCAUAUUCUGCCAACCGAAAUGCCAAAUUGUCCUAUCCUCCAUCACUCACUGGAUCAGCUAUUUCAUUAGUUUCUGUUCUGCAAGCCAGAAACAAUGCUCGGAUUUUGAUCUCAGGCUCUGUAGAUAUGUUUAGCAACCAAUUGUUCAAAUCAGCUGUGCAGAAGGCUGGAAGCUCAAAGAAAUAUGAAAAGUCUGGUAAUGAACAAUUUGUGACUGAACUUAGCAAAUGGAUCUUCCAUGAAAGGGGACAUCUAAAGGCUGUCAAUGUUAGACACCACAAAGUUGGAGAAACUGAUGAACCUGCAAUCUAUAGAAUUAAUGAUGAUCUGGAUUAUUCCAUUGAGAUAUAUGAGUGGUCUGGAAAGAGCUGGGAACCAUAUGUGGCUGGUGAUGUUCAAGUGCAGUUCUUCAUGAUGAGCCCUUAUGUGCUAAAAACUCUGGCAACUGAUCAGAAGGGACUGUACCAUACGUCAUUCAAGGUCCCUGACGUUUAUGGGGUUUUCCAGUUUAAGGUUGAGUAUAACAGGCUUGGGUACACUAGCUUAUCCCUUUCCAAACAGAUCCCUGUACGGCCUUUCCGGCAUAAUGAAUAUGAACGAUUUAUAACCACCGCUUUCCCGUAUUAUGGAGCUUCGUUUACUACAAUGGCUGGGUUUUUUAUCUUCAGCAUUGUCUUCAUGUACUACAAGUAAAUGCUGAUACACGAGAAAACUUUGCAUUGGAAUUUGGCCAUACCUCUAAAUUACUUGCCUUGAGUUUUCUUGUUAACAUUGUUUUGAGAGACUUCUGAUAGCUAAUGGCAACAAAUUGGCGUUAUCCCAAAAAUGUUGUUUGCA